CUCUCUCUCUCAUCUUUCUCUCUCUCCAUUUUUCUACAUAUAUUUUUCUCCGUCUUUGUGUCUCUUCGCUUCACUCUUCGUUGCUUACGUUUCUUUCUUCCAUCACUUUCUCAACUUUUUUUUUCUUCUGUGUGUAGGCUUUUCAGUUUUCAGUUUUCACUUGCUGGUUCUUUUUUUUCUUUUUUUUUUCUAAAAGACUUGAUUUUUUUUCUUGGGGUUUAUGAUUCUGGAAAAGUUGAACACAAUGCUCUUCUCACUGGAAAAGGGUCUUUAUUUAAUUUAGUAAAUUUAAUUUUUUUUUGAGUUUUUUGAUUACUUAGUGUAGUAUGUACUAUGGUAUAGUGUUAAUAAUGUUUUAAAGUAGUAUUUAUGGUAAUAAAUUUAAGUCUAUGUAACGGUUUGAACAGGGAUUAAUUUUCCUUCUUCUUCAAGUAUACAAAUCAUUACUUCAACAAUGUUUUAUACGUUUGUUUCUCUGUUUUCUUAAUGUAUAAUACAUGAAAUUUGUGUGGAGAGUGAAAGUUUAUGUUCUUUAAUCAUUACUCAGUUUUGUAGUGUAGUAGUAGCUUUUAUCUGUCACUACUUCUUUUAGUAAAAAAUGGGUCCUAUAACAAUUUUGAAGCUUUCUUUUGUUUUAUUCAGUGAUUAAUAAAUUAUGAUAUUCAGGGUUUGUUUGGUUUUGAUUCACUAUUUGAAUUUUGGAUUCUGUGCUGAAAUGGGAUUGUUGUGCAAGGGCAAAACAUUCAAUUGUUUUGUGGCUCUGUUAUGUAUCUUCUUUUGUUUAUCUGCAUAUGGGUUGUGUUCUACGAAUUUGAGACCGAGUUCGCCAGAAUAUGAUGUUUGCGAGUCUUCGGUGAAAAAUUGCAAUUCGGGGUUUUCAGGAACUGUUGGUGGUGGCGGCGGUUUAGGUUCUGCAUCUCCUUCAAUCCACAACGGUUUUCAGAAUGUGUGUCCUGAUGCACAUUCAUUCCGCGCUCCUUCGAGUCUUAAAGCAGCUUCUUUAGGAGGUUCUGGUAAUCAGUGCAAUGGUCCGUUUUGUGUGGGAUUAGCUCAAGAUAGCGAGGUGACAAGGAGCAUAAAAGGACUAUUGCUAUUCCCUAAUACUGUUAUUCAUGUUGGCGUUAUUUAUUGUAAUAAUCUGCACACUGAUUUACAUAACAUGUCACCGGAAGUAUCCAACUUGCAAGAGAACUGCAAACUGGUUGUUCUUACUAAUGACACAACUAGUCCCCAGGUUGAGAUUCCGUGUGAAGACGCACCACAUAUUUGUUUCGAGCAUCAAAGGCUUUCAUUUGUAGGAAGCAAAGACAAAACCAAAGCUGAGUAUGCGGUGAGAAACAAGGGAUUGGCAUCAAAUGUCAAGGUUACAGAGACAGCAGAUGUAGAUGCAUUAGUUUUUGGAAAUCGGGUGUCUCUGCUUGAAGACGUUGAGGUGCUGUUUCCAAUGGUUCAAGUUGGAAGUUAUGUCUCUAAGUGGAUCACCGUAAAGAAUCCUAGCCAUCAUCCUGUUACGGUGCAGCUUAUCUUGAACACAGAAGAAAUAGUUGAUGAAUGCAGAGGUCCGGAAGAUAUAAUACAAAACUUUUCAGCUGCUAAUUUAGUCAUAGAUGAAGUUAUUUCUGCAGCAAAGUAUGGAUUCUCGGUGACCGAGAGUGCAGUAACAGAGGCAUAUGUGCACCCAUAUGAUUAUGCAACCCUCGGGCCGAUAAUAUUUUAUCCAUCCAAGCGAUGUAGAUGGAAUGGUUCAGCGUUGAUCAGAAACAAUCUCACCGGGAUAGAGUCGAUACCUUUAAGGGGCAUUGGAGGUCUGCGUUCCCUAGCUUUACUCGAGAGGUCUGAGCAUGUUCAGAAUGUUAAUUUUGAUCUUCAAAUGCACAAUCUCCUCAGUUUCUCGCUUUUGUAUUCCUUACUUCACAUGAAAGACAUGAUUUCUGUCUGCUCGCAGCCUUUAGUGAAAGAGAUAUAUGCGAAGAACAUGGGGGAUUUGCCGUUGGCGGUGAAAACAUUGAGAGUUUCUGGGAGAGAAUGUGGGUUGGAUGGUUUUAAGAUACAAGAUUGUAAAGGUUUUUCUCUUGAUCCUGGUGAGUCGAUAAAGCUUCUGAUAUCAUACCAAACCGAUUUCUCUGCAGCAACGGUACAUCGAGAUCUUGAACUUGCUUUACCUUCUGGCAUUUUUCUAAUUCCAAUGAAGGCGAGUGUCCCUUAUGACGUGCUAUGUAACUGUAAGAAGUUCUUGUUUUGGACGCGAGUGAAAAAAUGGUUGCUUGGAAUCAUACUGUUUGCAUCCUUAUUUUUCAUGGCGUCCUUGGAUUACUUGUGCAAGAACGAUAGUAACUCCGUGCAUAUCACGUUACAACAUUCCGGGAAAACUCCGCUAGUACUGCCUUGUAAUCAGAGAAAGGAUAAGUUAUCCAUGUCCGGUAAAAUGACUAAUAUGGUUUGCUCGGCUGGAAAAGGCACAGCCUCGCCAAUUCGCACCACCUGCGUGAGUUAUUCAUAUGAUCUAAGCGAAACCUCUGACAAGGAUUCGGAAAACCGUAAACAGUUUAGUCUUUUGUUGGAUACUCCAAAGGAAGAAAAGUCGUCAACAACCGCAGUUCAGACCUCUGUCGUUACGAAACCACCCCAACAGAGUGAGAUAAAAAUCAAAACAGGAAAAGAAAAAGGUAGACGAAAGAAAAAGAAUAAUAAGAGUUUUGGUGCAAAGUUAACCGCAGUGUCUGAAGUUUCAAGCAGUCGAAGCGGAAAUUCUACACCCUCAUCACCCUUGUCCCCGGUCGCCCCAGCAUCAACAAAAUCCACCAGGCCAUUGUCCCCUGAUGUAGAGCAACUCCAACAUCAUAACAAAUUUCAAGCUUCUACAUCUGCUUCCAAGAAAAAUACUUCGAAGCAUAGGGUUCCGGUAAAAUCCCUUAUCGACAAUGCUGCUUCUCCUAAAGUUUCAGUUUCAGUUUCACCUUCACCUUCAUCAAGUGAUGUUAGUAUACCCUUUAAGAUGUUAUGUGCUGCUUCUCCUCCCAUGCCGGCUAUACCUUCUCCGUCGUUGGUGUCAACAUCUAGUUUUAGCUUAAGUCGGCGAGCUCCGGGAUCGAAACUCGACAAGCAAAAGAGUGUAUUAGCACCGAAAAAGAUAGGAGUUGCAGAUGAGUACACAUAUGAUAUCUGGGGUGGCCAUCUUUCAGGGCUUCAUUUGUUAGUUCCAAAAGAUGUUACUUGCAUGAAAUCUAGUCCUGAUGAAAAGAACUUCAAUAGCUUCUUUGUUGGGGAGCCACAGUCAAUAAAAUAAGAAAAAAUGGCUAUUAAGAUGAAAUACAAAAUUCUCUAGCUUUUUCUUGA